GAAUGAUUGCAAUAGUGUAAACUCCAAGUACUGUACCAUCAACAAGAUAAAGUAAAACAGUAACAGAUUGAUUUGACUUUGAUUUAGCCUGGAGAAUAUGAUCACUUCAGAAGAAUAUUAAAAACAAGAUAGAGAUUUCCAUCAAGUUCGGAUUGUAAGUUUAGGAAAUCUGUAAGCAGUCCAUUAAAAAAAUAAAGUGCUAAUUAACCAAUAGACAAGAGAGUUCUUCUUACUUUAUAAGAUAGACCUAAAACAUAAGCAGAUUUACCAGACAGACCUCCAGAAUAUUACAACUUAUUCAAUUUACCUUAUAAGAACUAUAAAUAUUAAAAGCCUCCUGGAUAAAUUAAUGUUGCGGAGUAUCUAGAAGGAACUUAUAAAUUGGGUAAAACUAUAGGUUUAUGGGAUAAAAAUAUACUACAUAAGAAACUAAAUGUGAAUAAGUAUUUUUUGAUAUUUAAGGAUUUAGUCUAUAGAUAAAGAGGAGUAAUUACACUUCAGAUCAUUUAAUAAAAGCAAGAAAGCCAUAAGGUCCAUCAAGUUGUUUAGAGACUAUUUAUAUUGCAAAAUUAUAAUUAGAUAAUGAACAAUCUUAAGAAGCAUUAAUUAAAAUGAAGGCUAUGGAAGAUACUUUAAAAUAAGAUAUUCAAAGAUAUUUAGUUGACGGUUCGACAACUUAGAUUUAAAUAAAAUUUCCAUCAUAAUCAUACAUUUUAAAUAGAUGGACUAGAUAAUCAAUAGGACAAGAAGCACCCCAUUGCUAAAAAUGUGAAUUAAUUCCUUAAUUUGCUUUUCAAAAAAAUUAAGUUAAUAAUAGUGUAGAAUCAUUGAGAAGAUCCAUGAUUUAAUUUUAAACAUAAGAAAACUCUUCAUAAAUUACAGAAUUACCUUAACCAAUGAAAUUUUACAAAUUUGAGUAAUAUAUUAAUAUUUAUAGUGCAGUCCUAAAAUAAAUUCAUUUUGGCAUCUCUAUAAAACCAAAGGAAUGACAAUUGAAUCACUAAAAGAAGGUUUCAAAAUGUUAAGGAAACCAAUAAUAGGUGAUAGAUUAUUAUUAAGUUUUAAUUUGAGUCCUUAAAAUAAUGAAGAAAAGGUUUCAUACAAAUAAUUUUGUCACUUUAUAAGAGUGUUCGUCUACAAAAAAGCACUUUUAAAGGAAAUGAUAGACAGUUUAUUAAGUGUAAGUAAAUUGAUUAAAUUUUAGUUUUAUGAUCCUGAAAAGCAAGAGAGAGUGACAAAUAGAGAGUUUAUAAAUAUAAAUAGGAUACUUUGUGAGUAAUUUAUGGAAUAACAUCCAACAGUGAAGCCAAUAUUUUAAGAAUUGAUAUAAAAUUUUAGAUUGUCGAAAGUAAUAAAUGAUGAAAAUGAUACUUAUUUUGAUUAAUAAGCAUUUAAACAUGUUUUCAUAUCAAAUUAGAUGAAUAUAUAGGAUAUAAUAGAAUUGAUUGGCGAUGAGUGA